AUGUCUUUCAAAACUCUUCGUAACCUCUGGCCUUCUUUGACUCCCAUGUUCUCGCCUGGGGCCGCUCUUACGAUUCCAGCCAUGCGUCCCGUUGGUAUUCUCAAGGCUGCCAGGGCGCGACCCAACGUUGAGUAUCGAGGCUUCGCCCUCAACCUGGCCUACACGCUUUCUUUGGUUGCCAUCGAGAUUUCCAAGGAGAUGUAUGAUGAGCGGUGGGAUGAGUUGUCGUUGACUCCUCACGAGGCGCCCUACCCCAAGUCAAAGAAAGGCGUGGUUUCCGUCAAGAAACCGCAAAAGUUCGCUAAGGGCCAGACGGCAGGUCCAACUUCCAUGCCCGAGGAUACGGAUGAUGAUGACGAUGCCGGUAACUCUCUUGACGAGGAGUCGGUAGUCGUUGCGAAACCUUUUCGUCCCCCUGCUUCGCAGGGAAGUCCUUCCAAGCGUACAAAACCUGGUCCCAAUCGUCACUCUGUUGCUGCUGUUCCUCCGUCCGUCAACUUGCCUGUUGGUGUAGUCGAGGAACAAGUUAUUCGUACUCGCGGAGAGAAGAGGAAGCGCGAGGCUGCGAUUGCCGCCGCGGAAGGCUCACCUCGGCACUCAACCAUUCGGAGAUUAUCAUAUCAUCGCGAGCGUCGAGCUCAACUGUCUAACCCUGUACUGGCAGCCAAGGCUAAGGCGAACGCUGCUACUGGGCAAGCUGCUGCUUCAUCUGCAGCUGAUGGUUCGUCAGCGAAACCUUUAUCUACGAAAGGGAAGGCCAAGGCCACGACCGCUAAGAAGGGAAGGAAACCGCCCAAGUCGAAGGCCAUCGUCGAGGACUCCUCAGACGACGAACCUCCUGCUCUAGUUGCAAUCGAGGAGGAUACUGUGAUGGGUAAUGCUGAUACUCCCUGCACCAUCCUGGACACUGAUACGGUAUCUAUCUCUUUUCUAGCUGCCAUCGCGCGCACUGCUGAUGAAGUCAUUGCUCGCCUUCAGCAGAUGUCCAUUGACGACGAGGUCGAGAUCGUGGUCAACAAGGAUCCCAGCUCGGGCAACAUCGUCGAAGGGCGCAAGGUGCUUCCUAAGUUCAAGAAGAACAAAGUCAAAGAGGACGCGAAACAUCAACAACCCAAGCGUGCGGAGGUAAUUUUCCUUCCUUAUGCUGAGGUACCCGGUAUGGACUUAACUUCCAAGGAUUACCGCCGCGCAGAGGCUGUCGUAGCGAAGGCAGCUGCUCAUGAUGCUGCUACUCAAGCUCGCAAGCGUCCUAGGGCCUCCAAUGACUUUGCUUUUAACGAUUCUGCAGUAUUCGAUGGCAGGUGUGUAUAUUCUAACUGUAUAUUCUAA